ACACUGGAUAAUGGUUUCAUCUUUAUCCCUGCAUAUUUCUUAUAGGACCAAAAGAUGCUUUCAAUAUGUCCUUUGGCUUGACCUUGGUUGCCCAGAAUGAUCAGGUCCUGGUCUGUGGCCCCACGGUGCACCGGGCCUGUGGGAAAAAUAUGUAUGUAAAUGGCUACUGCUUUCUGUUGGACCAAAAUCUUCAAGAAAAGGAACAUUUUCCAAAAUCAUUGCAAGAGUGCACCCACCAUGCAACUGACAUUGCCUUCCUAAUUGAUGGCUCUUCCAGCAUCAUGAAAGAAGACUUUGAAAAGAUGAAGCAAUUUGUUUCUGAGGUCAUCAAGAAUCUCUCUGGCAGAGAUACAUUGUUUGCUCUCAUGCAGUUUUCAGGGAACUUCAGGGAACAUUUUAAUUUCAAAAGUCAAGACCCCACACACCUUGUAAUGGAAGUGGAGCAACUGCAUGGAUGGACCAAAACAGCCACAGCCAUCCGCAAAGUUGUGAGGGAACUGUUUAUCGCAGAAAAAGGAUCCCGGAAUAAGGCUAGAAAGAUCCUUAUUGUGAUAACCGAUGGAAGCAAGCUGAAUGAUGCUGCUGAAUAUUGGGAGGUGAUACCAGAGGCUGAACAAGCUGGGAUCAUCCGUUAUGCCAUCGGGGUUGGCCAGGCAUUUUCAACAAUCAAAGUCCAGCAGGAACUGAAAGACAUCGCUUCUGAGCCAGACGAUGAGCACGUUUUCAAAGUCAAUAAUUUUAAUGCUUUGAAAAACAUCCAGGACCAGUUACAGAACAAAAUCUUUGCAAUUGAAGGCACCCAGUUCCAGAGUAGCAGUUUCUUCCAGAUGGAGAUGUCCCAGGAAGGUUUGAGUGCCCUGCUGACUCCGCAAGGCCCUGUCAUUGGAGCUGUGGGAGCCUACGAUUGGUCUGGAGGAUUACUUCUAUAUCAAGCCAGCAACCGAGACCCAGAAUUUGUUAAUAUCUCCAGCACCCUCAAAGAUAUGAAUAAUUCCUAUCUUGGAUAUUCUUCUCAGCCUGUCCGGUUCCAUGGGAAGAAUGGUCUGGUUGUGGGAGCUCCUCGCUAUGAUCACAUCGGCAAAGUUGUCUACUUUGAGAAUGAAGCCCUGAGUAGGAAAUGGAGGGUGAAGAUGGAGGCAGUAGGAGAACAGGUUGGUUCUUACUUUGGAGCCACUCUGUGCUCAGUGGACCUCAAUCAAGACACAAGCACAGAUUUAGUUCUGGUUGGAGCUCCCAUGUAUUAUGAUGGCACUGCAGGAGGAAGGGUCCACAUCUGUCUUUUUAAGAAUGAAGCAUUUUCCUGUACAGACAGCAACGCAGCUUUAAAAGGAGAGCCAGGACAUUUGUUUAGUCACUUUGGGGCCAGCAUUGCAGAAGUGGGUGACAUCACUGGGGAUAAAUGGACAGAUGUAGCCAUUGGUGCUCCGUUGGAAGAUGAGAACGCAGGAGCCGUGUACAUCUUUUCAGGGAAAAGGGCAUCCAUCAAGCGCAGUUAUGUUCAGCGCAUUGAGGGACUGAAGUUUUCUGGAAGGUUUUCUUAUUUUGGCCAAGCUAUCAGUGGAGGAAGAGAUCUUACAGGGGAUGGUCUGAAGGACAUCACUGUGGGACAACAAGGAAGAGUUUUGUUGUUGAGGUCUCGUCCUGUUCUACAAGUGAAGGUCUCCAUUGUGUUCCACCCACCUUCCAUCCCAACCUCAGUCUUCCAGUGGCAGAAGCCAACAUCUCAGGAGAACGUGACCAGCAUGGCAGAAGUGUGUUUUGCCGUUUCAAAAGUCACUCAAGAUUUUCUAGGAGAUGAAAUCCGCAGUGAGCUUUCCUACAACCUGACUCUGGAUUCUCAUAGAAUAAAGACCCGAGCCUCCUUCACUUCUAAGUCUCCCACCCUGCAAGCAAACAUUUCAAUUGGACUUAAGCAGAAAUGUCAGAGCCACCAGAUUGAACUAUCUGUUGGCACUGAGGAUACUGUGACCCCCAUCACUUUAAGGCUGAAUUAUAACCUCACAGGAAAGUCCAUCGCUAAAGUCCCAGAUCUCCUGCCCAUCCUGAGCAAAUGGUCAAAGCCAAACUACAUAGCUGAGCUCCCCUUUGAAAAGAACUGUGGGAAUGAUGGACUAUGUGAGGACAUUUUGCAACCCUCGUUUACUUUCUCAGGCCUGCAAACUUUAGAUGUGGGUUUGAUUCCCGAGUUCACCGUAACAGCCUCCCUUCUGAACCAAGGAGAGGACUCCUAUGGCAGCACUCUACGCUUCUUCUACCCUGCUGGUCUGUCCUAUCGCAAAGUCACCUUGCUGCAACAGGCCAGCAGGAAGGUGACGCGAGUCCAAUGCCAUUCAGCCCCUGCCCUGGAAGAAGAGCCCAGCCGCAACGCCACCUGUAACAUCAACCAUCCUAUUUUCUGGAGUGGGGCAGAGGCUAUUUUUGUUGCCACUUUUGAUGUCUCCCCAGAUGCUAGCCUAGGGGACACACUGCAGAUUGUGGUCGAAGCUGACAGUGAAAACGGUGGCAACAGCACCAAAGACGUUAGUUAUGAAGCCACUUUGCCUGUCAGAUAUGCUGUAAACCUCCUGAUCAACAUGGGUGAGGAAUCCACCAAGUAUAUGAACUUCACCAUUGGCCAAGAAGAUGCACGAAAGAGCAUUGAACACCGAUAUGAGGUGAAGAAUCUUCAUGAACGAAGCAUUCCUUUCACGGUCACAUUUCAGAUCCCAGUAAAACUGAAAGGGAUCCUGGUUUGGGAUGUGUUUCAAGUAAUCCCUUCUGAGCCUGAAGUGGCCAAGUGUGUCUUGGAGAGAGAAACUCCCGGCUCCAAGGAUCUUCUGGCAGAGGAAGCAGAGUCCCAGUUGGUGCAGACAGUGGUGGAGCGGAUCGAGAUCUACAACAGCUUCCCUGUUAUCAUUGGCAGCUCUUUUGGGGGCUUAAUCCUUCUAGCUCUGUCAGCUGCAGCUUUGUAUAAGGUUGGGUUCUUCAAGCGUCAAUACAAGCAGAUGCUGGAGGAGGCUGGAGCUGUUGACCAACCCUCACAAAAUGUACAGUUGUCUCCUAGCAAUGACACUGUUUCCUAA